AUGUCCAGUCCGCAUCCCACGUCCGAAAAUGCCGCACGCGCCGUACCGGUGAGCGAGCCUGAGCCCUGUCGUUCGCCCGAGGCCCUGCUAGAUGCUGCUCCAGGUGCUGCCGCGGGCGCUGCGCCUGAUGCUCAUGUCGCUUCUGGCACUGGCACCCGCGCUGCUGCUGGCCUUGAUCAUGACCAUGAUGAUGAUGAUGCUGCCCGUCUCGGCCGCCGCGCUCAACCCCCCGGGCUGAUCGCUGUUGCUACUGCUGCUCCCACAUCCUCCAACACUACUCCCACUCCCUCUGCUGCCAUCUCCCCCUUCAUGCCGCCACCCUCCUCCGCAGACAAGGUGCCCGACAACGUGCCUGAUUCUGUUCCUGAUUACGUGCCCCGUGGUGAUGCCAAUGCCAGGGACGCCGUCCAAGGCCCCGUCGCCCCCGUCAACGGCCAUGCCCCCGGUGCUUCCAGUAAUAAGAAGGCCCGUGGCCCCGGGCCCCUGCCGAGGCAGUCUGGUCCUUCCUUGCUGACCCAGGCCUUGGCUUCUGCCCGUGGAAUCACCAACCCUAAGAGCUCCAGGCUCUCACCCCAGUCUACUUCUACUACAACUACAGCCUCCAUCUCUCCCACCACUGUCACCUCCCCCAGCUAUUCGCCUACUACAACCCUGCCGACCACCGUUCGAUCGUCUAAGUCGGGCCAUAAGACUGCAACCUCACCCGCGAACACCUCGACUCCUACUUCCACGCCACACUCGACUACUUCUCCUACACUCGACGGUCCUCUUACAGAACCUGCGAACUCGACAUCGCGACCCGACCGAGACAGCGCUGCCAUCUUUAUCGAUCCUUUCCACCAAAAUGUCUCCACGAAAUGCGCCGCUCCUAGGCCAUUAACGAGAGCCACAUCCGAGUCUUCCAACAUGGCAGCCUCCGCCGUCACAACCAUGGCCUCACUCGCCGCCCGAGAGGCCGCGAGCGUUCCUUCUUCCUUUAGCCACUCGGCCCUCGCCACCCUUCGCGAUGUCAUUACUGAUUCCCGUGAAGCGAGGGAUGUCCCCCGAGGUAGAGCCUCGACUUCUCUGGAUCUAGACAGAAGCACCAUUGAUUUCUACCAACCCCGGACGACCUACACGACAUCUUUCAAUGAUUCGCCCUCUCCAUUUGGAGACGAUAGCCCGGGGACCAAAACACCACCUGCGACUUCGCGACACGAGGACGCUAGGAACACCGAUCAGAGACCCGCACAAUGGGCCAAGGCCCCCCCGCAUUGGAUGGCAAUGGGGCCUGAGAAGACGGAAAAGAUCUGGUCCAUUGGCUCAGUUGAAGGCCAGGAGGAGGAUGGCCUUGUCGAAAAGUCCAUUGCCGAGGCGAUGGCUGGCGUGGAGCCCAAUGCACGAAGUCGCAAGUCGAGCUACAGUUUGCGCUUCUUCAAGGAAGGCCUCCCACCAGAGGACAAGUCUCGUCGCAGGGACCCGAGGCACACCCCAAGAGAAAAAUUGGCACCAACACUCGAAGAGGAUCACGAAUUGAGCUCAUACGCAAAGUCGCACACCACUCCCUCCAAGGAAUCAACUGCCAUUCGCUUGCGACAUGAUGAUGGAGGGGUCCCUCUACUUACACCAAAGACCCCCUACUCUGAAUACGUCCUCGACGAGCAACCCAUUCUCAGCACGUCUCCCGAUGAGGAUUAUUUUUCGCUGCCCGUCAAUGGUUCGCUCACCUCGGGAGGCAAGACUCCGUUGCGAGUGCAACAGUCCGCAUCUCGACCCGUGAACGGGCACGAAGAAGGCAAGUCGGUGGAGACAGCUGAGCUUGUGGGGCCGACCCCGGCCGCUGAUGCCGACGGAGAAGCCGAAAGAGUGGAGGGGAGACGGAAAUCAGGCGACAGCGUCAAUACCGAGGUCGGAUCUCACGAUGAGGGAGAUGCCGAUGAAUCCGGGGAAGAGAAGAUCUCAUCUGCCGUCUUCUUGCCCCACCAGGAGCUACAAGAACCUUGCAUAGGUGAGCCCCAGGACCGCACCGCGGCCCGUAGUCUCCGGGUGCGGUCUCUCUCCCAGAGUAAACAACAUCCGUGGCUCGUCAAAGCGGAUGAGCCUGAGCCUGAAAUCAUUCAGGAGAAGGAUGAGCCUCCCUACGGCCUCGCUCGCCUCCCUUCUCGCGAGCGCCUUGCUGUGAAGCGCGGCGACCUCGUGCCUGACAAUUUUGAGGACGGCGCUGUCAUUGAAGAAGACACUACAGUGACGAACGACGCUCUUAAAACGCCCCAACCCGUGAGCCAUUAUGAGGACCAUAUCCAUGACCACCAGCACGAUCCUCAAGAGCCUCUUGAGGCCAUUGAGCUCAUUCCAUAUAAACAUCAAGUCGGUGGUCAUACCACUCUCUGGCGGUUCUCUCGAAGAGCCGUCUGUAAGCAACUCAACAAUAGGGAAAAUGAGUUUUACGAGACUAUUGAGAGAUACCACCGUGACCUGUUACCUUUCCUUCCUCGCUACAUUGGCGUCUUGAAUGUGACUUUCCGCAAGCAAGCUCGCCGGAAGAGCACCUCAAAGAAGGAUGAGGCUGCAGCGGCUGAGCGUAAGAAGGCCCAGGAGCAGCUUGAGGCAAACCGCCAGGAGAAUGGACACAAGGACCACGUCAAGGCUGGACCACCGACGGGCCGUGUCAUUAGCCAAUCUCUGGCCAACGCCAACGUCCCUAUCCCCACGGUGACAUUCGACGACAACAAGCACAUCCUACCUCGAAACCUGCUUCAACCGAUGCCCUUGCCAAAGGAGUUCCGACGGCAGAGCAUCUCAACGUCGACGGUAUCAGACCCUACAGUGCCAACCUCAAAGACCGCGGUCCGUCCACCACUCGAUGAGCGGCCCAACAGUUGGGGCGCUACCAUGAUCAACAAGCGGCUGCGGAACGAGGUAUUCAACGAUGCGUUCCUGAAGGAGCCCGUCAAGGUUCAUCGUCAUCGUCGACCCCAUCAACGAUCGAUCCCGCGUCCGACUCUUCAGCGCCUGCUCCGAUCUACAAACUCGGACCCUGCCCUGAUCAAGGCCGACUCGCCUUUUGUCAAUGUGAAUGGAGACGACAACACGACCAAUCAUGCUCACUCUCAGAGAAAGCUUGCGCACCACCACUACUCACAUAGCGAUCUCGGCCCUGAGCGGGCUGUACCUGAUAUGGACGAGUAUGUGCAGUCUGAGCCUGAGCAAGCACCAGGCGAGAUGAAGGACGUGACUGGAACAAGUGCACCAGAGCCCGAGACCCUCAAGGACAACCCACUUACCGCCAAGAAGAAGCGCAGAUACUCUGCUGGCGGGCUCCGUCGAAAACCCGAAGACGUGAGAGAAUCUAGAGGAGACUUGAAGUACUUUGAGGAGGCCGACGAUGCUGGAUACAAGGGAGACAACGAGGAAAAGCCAAAGCGACAUUCGAAGACUUGCUCCGUGGUUAACGGACACAGCACUCCGACAACUAAUGGGAACAAGGAGCAUGCGCCAAACAUGGUUGACCAGCAGCCCGAGGAUGACUCCGCUGUCAGUUCGACUCUUGCCACACCAGCGCCCGACAGCACACCCGAUCUUGCGCCUGAGCCUGCAGCCGAGUUCAAGAAGAUUCCUCGACCUGUCAACCCCAAGGAAGCGAAGACUCAGAAGGAUCGAGUUGAAUACUUUUUGCUCCUCGAAGACUUGACGGCGGGCAUGAAGAGACCCUGCAUGAUGGAUCUCAAGAUGGGUACCCGCCAAUACGGCGUGGAGGCUACGCCAAAGAAGCAAAAGUCCCAGACGGAAAAGUGCCGGACCACGACGUCUGCGGAACUGGGUGUGCGUAUAUGCGGUCUGCAAGUGUGGAAUGCCAGAUCGCAGACGUACGACUUUCAGGACAAAUACUACGGGCGCAAGCUAAAAGUCGGUGAGGAGUUCCAAGGCGCUCUUCAGAAGUUCCUCUACAACGGCCUCGACCUGCACAGUAUCCUUCGGCACAUUCCGGUGGUUCUGAAGAAGCUUGGGCAACUGGAGCAGAUUGUCAGCAAGUUGCACGGCUACCGAUUCUAUGCAGCAAGUCUGCUCAUGUUUUAUGAUGGUGAUACGUCGGAGGAUCCCGACUACGAAACGAUAUACGAAUCCACUACCGACUUUGCAACAGACACGGAAGAGACGACGCGGAGGAAGAAGAAGAACAAGAGAGAGAUUGAUUUCAAGAUUGCCGACUUUGCCAACAGUCUCACGCCGUUCGACGAUAUCACGGACAAGCCCUGCCCGCCCCAACACCCCGACGAGCCCGAUGGUGGAUUCCUCAAGGGUCUGCGGAGCCUGAGGAGGUAUUUCCUCCAGAUCCAAAGGGAUGUGAGGCAGGAAUUGGGCCUGGACCCCAAUGGCCGAUUCUCGGGUCCCGUGGACUAUCCGAGGGAGUGCGAUUAUGACGAUGACGGAAUGGUUAGCAUCUGA